UUGGUCGCAAAAAUGGUUCGUGUGAUGUCGAUUUAUCAUUUUUCAAGCCAACACAUUCAGCAACUUUCAAUUGAAGAGCUGUCGGCAGCAUGCAUGAUAUCCGACAGCGAAAUUGCAUUGGCAAGAGCAUCUGAUCAUACGAUAGAGCUGAGGCCGUUAAGUGACAUUCUCGGUGAUUAUGAGAACAUCCCAGAUGUUGCCAUCAAGUCCUUCUCAAGUGUUGAUGAUGUCAAAGAAAUUAUUUACUCAAAAGUUGGAAAUUAUAUUUUAACUUUGGAAAGCCGGAUGAGCAAUUAUGAGCGAGCUGAAAUUCGUUAUGUAAGAAUUUAUGCCAAUUGGGAUACAAAGCAAUCAAGUCCAAACGCCCUCAGAGCAAGAAUUGCUGGGAAAAUCACACCGAUGAAGAAAACUUUAGAAAUGCUCGAACUUCCUUUAAAUCUCAACCCGACGUCAAUUGCGUGUUGUCAGACAACUGGAAAUAUUCUUGUCAAUCACAAGAACAUCAUUCAAAUUUUUCUUUUCAAAUACUGCACAAAUGAAACAACAAAACUUCAGUACAUCGAUUUCUUCGAAGCACCUUUCAAUGUCGAAUUGGUUUUCGAGCCAUUGAAAGUUCUUUUCUGUGAAGACAUCGUCAGCUGUUACAGUAAACAAUACUUUCAUGUUUUUAAAAUUACUGAAUCGAUUGAUGAAAAGAACAGCACAACUUCAGAGUCAAAUAUUUGCACAUCAACUGAAAUGCCACAAACCAAAGAGUCGACUUUUAUCAAUCUUGACAGCGACGUAGAUUUCCAAACCAUUUGUGAUAAAGCGGAACUCAAUGGAAACUCGUUUAACGUCAAAAUAAAAAGCACACAAGAAAGUUCAAUAGGAAGUUAUGGGGAUGAUGACUCCGAAAUGCGUCCAUCAGUUGUCAAUGAAUUGAAUGCUGUCAUAAAAUAUUUGAACAACCUUCCAGAUUCUUUUGCAGUCCCAUCAAAGUUCACCACUCAAAAUCUUCUUCAAUUGAAGCUUCAAUCGAUGAAAAUUAGUGGAGUUUUACGUGAAAAUGUUGACACUUUCAAGUGUAUGUUUGUAAAGCCGCUUUAUGCGAAAAUUGAUUAUGAAAAUCCAAAGUGUCGCAAUAUGAAAAAUUCUUCGUUUUUCAUGCAUUCAAAGUUCAAAGAAAACUUUUAUGGUGUCGCCGUUCUUAUAACAACACAACAAGAUGGAUAUUUGUACCAAAUCAAUACCACAACUUCAACUGAGUUUGACGCUUCAAAGUGCUUUUUAAAUGUUUAUCCUUUCACGUCAAAUGUUGUAGAUGUCUAUUUCAAUGAUAAUGUUAUGCACGCUUUGUGUGAGAAUGGAAUUGAAUCUUAUACGAUUCGAAUUGGUCAGAAGAUUCUACAAGAUUAUGGAUGUCGAGAAAAAGUUUACAAGAAUUUAUCAAAUACAAUUUCUCUAGUCAAUUUAAGGCCUUUUAUGAAUGUUCAUUUCAUGAUACCGGGAGAUGAGAAUCUUGUGUUAUUAGCGAACACUUCGUCGACUUAUGGCGAAAGUCUCGAUGAAACAAUCAACUGGACGAUUUACAAUCUAAAGUAUCCAUCAAUUGAAACUAUUUAUGAAGAUUUCAAAGAAUUUGCUGACAAAAGUUUAAGAAAGUAUCCUAAUGCUUACAUGAAUUUGCUAGAAGAAGUUCACGUAAUGGUCAGAACUAACAGUAUGAUAGCCAAACUUGAACAAGAAGAUAAUUCAGAAAGUGGAAGUGAAGUCAAGCUCGUGUGGAAUAAUUGUGAAGCUUUAUUGGAAGAAGCCUCACUUGUUCUGGCUGAUUGUUUGAUAUUAAACUCUAACAAUUUUCAACAAUCAUUAAUGCUCUAUGAAAUGGCGAAGCUUGACAUUGUUGGAAUUCUUCAAAGAUUUUUAAAUCAAAAUCAAAUAUUUCAGCCUAAACCGAUUGGAUUGAUUGAAGUAAUGAAAAUCAGCUUCCUUCAACUUUCUUGCGAUAGCAGAAAAUACGACGAAAUUUUCGCAAGCUCAAUUGAUUGCCCACAAACUGAUAACAAUGAACGAAAAUCUAUAAAAUUUGGAAAUGCUUUGAUUGAACUCUUCAAACGUUUCGCGCCGAAAGAGAUUGCACAACUUAAUCUCGAAUCAACAGUUUUUCGUGAUUAUAUGGAUGAGAAAAUUCAUGAAUUUUUAUUGGAAUCAACCGAGAAAUCAAUCGAUGACAUUCUCUGCAUUAUUCUUCAUCUCCUGAAGAAAGACGAAGUGACAGCAGCAAAUUCAUUACUUGCACAAAUACAUCAAGAUGAUUUAUAUCGCUUACUAACACGUCAUUGGAAUAUUUUCUUUGAAUUCAGUUCACAAUCAACUGCUGAAGGCGAUAGUGGAGGAGUUAAGAGAUGCAACAAGUCAAUCAUCAGCUUCUCUGAUUUCACUGAGCUUCUCUUUCUCACCAGCUCAACAAAUGAACGUGGAGAACUUUUCACUGACGUUCUCAUGUAUCAUUUCUUCAAUACAAAAACGAUUCGAUUUAAUGGAAUCCUCAAACUCUUCAUGGAAUAUCUCGCAUCACAAUUCGGACACGAUUCAUACAUUCAUGGUCAGAAUAUUCUAAAAAUGAUGCUCGAGAAAUAUCUUUUGAAAUAUUACGAGUCGAAAUCGAUUGAUGCCGACAUUUCACUUUUAUCAUCAACAUCAUCAGGCAACACUGCAACAUUAUCAGCAUCAAUAGAUGAUCAUCAUCGUGGUCGACCAGAUUUAAGUUGGAAUAAUGAAGAUUUAAACAGCGGCGUGUCAAGUCAUCGACAUGCAAUGAGAGUUCUUGUACGAAUUUAUCUGAGUCAAUUGAAAACGCUGAGCAUGCAACAAGAGAAAAAAUCGUCACAAGACUCAUCAGCUACAAGAAUCAACAAAAGUCAGCUGAUUAAAGUCAUCGAUGAGAUGAGCUCAAGUUUAUUCAUAAAUCAAAAGCCAGUGACGAAGUUUGAUAAAAUUGCAGAAAUUUUGAUUCAAAAUGCUGGUCAAAAUCCGAUUCUGUUCCUUGAUGAACGCUUUCGAUAUCUUGAUUGGAUGCCACCGUUUGAGAAUCUUUUGCAAGUUUUAAACAAUGCUGAAGAUGUUGAUCAUCAAUAUGAUUUUAAAAGUUUAGAUAAAGACAUGUUGAUGACUUUAAUUAAACUUCAAGCACUUCUUUGUUCUGGUGAAGUGACAUCAGAAAUUACAAAAGAAGUUUUGAGUUAUCUUCAAUCAAAUCGUGAGAAUCUCAUCGGUCAUGAUAGUUUGUUGAUACUUUUGCUUCCACUUCAUCAAGCUUUGGAUUUGAUCAUCAAAAAUAAUCCGCAAUGUGUUCUUGAGUAUGCGAGAUGUCACUUUAAGUUGGAUAACGAUUGGAGUUAUUUAAUAACUUCACUUCAAAGAAAAGCAAAUGAAUUCGAAGUUAAUGAUGCGAAUAUGGGUCACAUCUUCUUUUAUCAUCGUUUACUGAAGGAAACAUUGGAAUAUGUCGCUACAUCGAAACCUCUUGACACUGUCUUGAAGAUCUUUCCUGAAGAGAAGAAUCUAAUAAACCGAGAACUGUUUGCUGUUGUUGAUUCGAAGCACAGCAACAGUUUUGAUGAAUACCUCAAGAUUUGUGUUGAUCGUGAACGUUCUGACAAGAUCAAAAAGAUGAUUGAAUCAACAGGAGUUCAACUUUAUGAAGCGAUUAAUAAAAAUUAA